AUGAGACCUGUGACAGUCGAUACAUAUCUAUUUAGUUUGAUUGAUGAGGAUGCUAAGAGUAUCGAUCCAGGAAAUUUUGAACGCCACUGGGGGGUAUUUACUUAUUAUGGGGUACCAAAAUACCCACUUAACCUUGGUGCCACAAAUUCAGGAUCCUUGGUUCCGGCAAGAAAUGUGGACUUCUUGGAUCGCAAGUGGUGUGUGAUGAAGCCAUCGGCUAAACUUGAUGACCCACAAGUACAACCAAGCGUGAGUUAUGCCUGUGGACAUGCUGAUUGCACUAGCCUUGGCUAUGGGACAUCUUGCGGAAAUUUGGAUACUCGGGGGAACAUCUCUUAUGCAUUUAACAGUUACUACCAGAGGAAUAAUCAACUUGAUACUGCCUGCAAAUUUCCCAACCUUUCGAUGAUCACUAAAACCGACCCCACGGUUGGAGAUUGUAGAUUUGGGAUAAUGAUCGAACCAUAUUAUGGAGGUGCAGAGAGGACACUUGGAUGUCUCCAAAUGCCACUGAGUUUGGUUUCUGGCCUUGGUCUCUUUUUGCUAACACUUCUGUGA